AUGACCCUGGGAGACUGGAAUUUCCUCGGUGGCAUUUUAGAGGAGGUCCACAUUCAUUUUACUAUUAUUGGAAAGAUUUGGCUAACUAUCCUCUUCAUAUUUCGAAUGCUUGUUCUUGGGGUGGCAACUGAGGAUGUUUGGAAUGAUGAACAACCAGAAUUUAUAUGCAAUACCGAGCAACCUGGUUGCAGAAAUGUGUGCUAUGAUGAGGCCUUUCCUAGCGCUCUAAUAAGAUAUUGGGUCUUGCAAGUUAUAUUCGUGUCUUCCCCUUCCUUGGUGUAUAUGGGUCAUGCUUUAUACAGACUAAGAGCCUUAGAAAAAGAGAGGCAAAAAAAGAAAGCUCAGGUCAGAGUGGAACUUGAAAGCACUGAAUUAGAAAUGACUGAAAAUCGAAAAAGGCUGGAGAGAGAACUCCGGCAGUGAUCAAAGAAAGCUAAACAAAGCACCCCGAGAGGCUCUUUGGUCUGCACUUACGCGAUACGUAUUUUUACUAGAUCUGCAGUGCAAGCCGGCUUUAUGAUUGGGUAGUAUCUUCUGUAUGGUUUUCAGCUAGAUCCCCUUUAUAAAUGUCAGAGAGAUCCAUGUCCAAACAUAGUUGACUGCUUUGUAUCAAGACCAACAGAAAAGACAGUGUUCAUAUUAUUUAUGCAGUCAAUAGCAACUGUGUCAUUGCUCUUAAACAUCUUAGAAAUUAUCCACCUAGGAUUCAGAAAAAUUAAAAUGGGACUCUGUGGACAGGAUAAAAACAAGGAUGACCUCGAUGACUUCUACGUAAAUAAAUCUAAGAAAUACUCUGCAAUACCACGCUCUCCUUUGGGAAUAUCUGCAACUCCACAAAAAACUCUUCCUUCUGCACUUACUGGUUACACCUUUUGA